UUUAAAUGAAUCGGCCUUGUUUUUGUUAUUGAAUAACGUAAAUAUUAUAAUUUUUUUGAGCUCUAUUCAUGUUUGCCUAGUUUACUAGUUAUGGAUACUAUAACAAGCACUGAAGACAUUUACCAGGAAAAGAAAGUUAUCCAAGAAAAUAUUCUAUUUGAUAUUAUAAAAGAAUUGUGUGGGGAUUCAAAAAGUCUUUCACCGAAACUUGUUGGAAAAGUGAGCAGAAUUGUUGCUGAUUGUGAUUUAUCUCACUAUUCGAGCUUACAUAAAAUUAGCACCGCUGAUGAGAGCACAUCUACUUUGCUAGGAUUAAUGCAUAAGACAAACUCAGAACUAACGUUUGAUGAGCAAGCAGAGUUGAAUCAAGCGAUCAUAAACAAAAUUCAGAAUAAAGUACCAAUUUACACAACUGAAUUAAAUAAAUUAAAACAGAAUAUAGGUAAUGGCAAAACAUCUAGAAAGAAUGAAUUGAAAGAAUUACAAGAGAGUUUAGAUGAAAAAUUAAAUACUUUGAAAGAACAAGAAAAUGAAAAGGUAGAGCUGAUGAUGGAAUGGCUGAACCAUCGUUUGUGUGAGGUUUCAUCAUUCAGUAAUAAUUCUAGUGAGCUGUUGAGUCUUAAAACAAGAAUAUUGGAAUUGAAAUCUAAGAUAUUACAUUUACAAAUAUUAAGAAACAUAUUUACAGAGACCAACCAGUCCAUCAAAGCGUACAGUGAAAUACACAAAGACCUUAAAGACAGCAUCAAAGAAACUGAACAAAGAAUCAAAAACUUCAAAGAAAUUAUUCAAAGUGAUUAUAAUUAAUGUUUUGAUUGUUAUUAUUAUAUAUUUUGUGUUCUCAUAAAGUUAAAUUAUUUUACUGAUCUUUUUUUAUUUACGUUGUGUAACAAAAAAAUUACAAUGAGUUAUAACCUUAGGUAUUAAAUACAUAGAAUUCCUUAAUCAUAUACAUUUA